UCACCACUCUCAGUGGCCCCAGUGCGGGUCGGUCCGUGACUGACUGACACCGCCGCAGUCCCCGCCGGAGGCGGCGAGGUUUUCCCCUUGCCCUUUUGCCCUUCUCCAUUCGGAUCGACUCGGCUCGGCUCUGCUCGGCUUCGGUUCAACCCACCUCCCACUUCCAAUCGAAUCCGGUUCGCCCCUCCCAUUCCUUUCCUUUCCCCUAACCCCCAACUCACGCCGCAUCGCCUCGCCUCACACCAAUGGAUGCCAAAACCCUAACCCCUGAAGUGGCGGGUGCGUACGCGGACGCCACGGGACCCGAAACCCUAGUCGCCGGGGAGCUCGUCUGGGCCAAGCCCUCCAAGUCCCGCCGCCACUGCUGGUGGCCCGCGCGCCUGCUCUCCGCCUGCCCCGCCACCACCCGGGACGCCUGCGUCUCCUACUUCCGCGAGCCCGCCGCCACCGGUGGCGCGCCCGCGCAGGUCCGGCGCUUCGCCCACCCCGACGCCGACGGCAUGGCCCGGGGCAGCACCGCGCGCGCCUUCCUCGUCGCCGUUGAUGAGGCCCACGCGCACGCUGUCGCGAUCCUGCGGUCCGCACUCACCUGCGGCUGCGUCCCACCUCCGUCGACCGAGACGGACGGUGCCGUCGGGGUCGCCAACCUGCCGUCCGAGGAGUUCCUCGCGGCGCUCCGUGACGCCGCGCUGGGCGUCCUCCCCGUCGGCCUGGUGGACCGUGCCAGGCUCAAGAGCUGGGUGCGCGCGUUCGGGGAGGGCUGGGGUCCAGAUGGGGCGGGGCACUACCCACGGCGCCCGCUGGAGGACCUCGUGGACAAGAUCGAUCUUGAUGUGCCCGCCGGCGAAGACAGAGAUGCUGAUGAUUGGUUCGCCGAGGACGAGCACACGGCAUUGGAGAGGCCACAAGAGACACCCAUGCAGAAGAAGCGCAGCGCCGCCUCCCUCAUGGACAAGUUGGGUGCAAGGGAGGAUGAGGACAAGAAUGACAGCACCACUGGGCCAGGAACGUCCGGGAAGCGAGAGCGUAAGAAGAGUAAGUACCUAUCACCACCGUACACCAACUUGGGUGUGAUUGUGCUUCCCCGCAAGGCGGUUGAUUUGCCAAAGACAUUGGUGCCCAGUGCUGCUGAAGAUGACAGUAAGGUGUUGCCAGACAGCAUUGUUGUGGAAGAGGUCUUGUUGUUGGUCCAGGGCUUAGCGAAGGACGUCCAUCAUAAGAGCCGUUUUCCAAAGGCUGCAGAGGAAUUUCUCGGUUUGUUUAGAAGCUCAGCAUUCACGGGGGUUGCUGACUUUGAGUCCUACGAGGUAGAUGAAUGUCCAGCAGAGCAUGUCUUUGGAGAGGUUGGUGCAGACAUUGCUGCGGGUAUGGUGUCUGAUUCACAUGCUGUUCUGAAACAAGGCAAGUGUGUAUCAAAGAGGAGCAGGAAAAAAGAUAAAGAUGGGAGUGGGAGUGGGAGUUCUUCUAUCAAGAGGAAGAAGAGGGAUAAAACCUCUCCUCCUGCUACACUUGGCCGGGGAAUAUUGAUUACCCCUGCUAUUCCUAUCAGGCAAGUGAAAGCAGAAGAUAUAAUAAGCCAGAUGAAAGCAGGAAGUGAUGCAAGGGGUAUGGGAGUUGGGAUUCAGGAUGAGAAAGCCAAACCAUUAGCGUUCAAAUGUCCUGUUUCAGCUGCAGUUCCUGGGGCAACAAAACUAGGACAGGAGCAGGUCCAAGCAAAUGUUGGAUCUGUUGUGAAGAUACCUGUGACUGCUGGCAGUACCUUGUCUGACCAAACUGCUAAAGAGAAUAAUGAGGCUAAGGUGGGAGCAAGAAAGUCAGAAACAAAUGUGCAAACUGGUAUCAUAGAUGUGCAUGUCAGAAGCGUUCCAAUGGAAGCAUUGAAGUCAGAAUCUAGUAUUCGCAAAGAUGAGAGUAUGCAUAGCAUUGUUGCAGAUGUGCCUAUCAGUUGUGUUUCAAAGGAAGCAACAAAAUCGGAAGCUAAUAUUUGCUUAGAUGAGAAUAUGCAAAGUGCUGUUGCCGUUGUGCCUGACAGAAGUGUUUUGAAGGAAGCAACAGGGUUGGAAGCUGAUAUUCUCAUAGAUGAGAAUGUGCAAAGUGUUGUUGCAGAUGUGCCUGUCAGAAGUGGACCGUCUCCUAUGCAUGGAGACAUAGCUCAGACCAUAGGUGAAAAUAAAGAGCAUGCAAGUGUAGAAGUGCGUACAGUCCAGCAGUCUUAUGCUUCCCUGCAAGCCAUGGUGCCAGAAAUGCUUCAGAAAGUGGAGGGCACUAAUGGCACAGAUGUAACCGCUGUGAACUGUGCACUCAAAUAUGACUGUCAAAUGGAUGAAGAACCUGACCAGAAGGUGAAGCUAACUGCGGAAGCUGCGGCAAAUCAUUCCUCUGGUGAAGCUGCAAAUGGCACUUGCCCUGAUCCAGCUAAUUCUACCCAUAAGAAAAAGAAGAAGAAAGCUGCACAACACUUUGGGAAUCCGGCAGCCCUUGUUGUGAACUUCAGAGGUGGUGUUAUUCUCCCUUCCAAAGAGGAACUACUCUCCACAUUUGGUAAAUUUGGCUUCUUGAUCGAGUCUCAUUCUGAGAUUGUGAAAGAUACUCGCAGUGCUCGUGUUGUGUUUGCGAAAAGCACUGAAGCUGAGGCGGCGUAUGAGAGCGCAGAAACCCUUGGCCAAUUUGGGCCUCCGUUUGCAGAAACUCUAAGGCUCGAUUAUCUUCCUCCGAUCAAGUUGAGCAGCCCUUCACCUCCACCUGCCUCAAAUCCUGAGGAUAUUAGGAAAAACUUGGAGAAAAUGAUUGCAUUCCUGACUCAGAAGAAGGCAAAAUCAUCGGCUGGACUGGAGCCUGUCACAGAAAAACUACUGGGGGAGAUGCAGGACCUUUUGGCAAAAGUUAACAAGAUGGUUAGCGGGACUUCUACUAGUACUCCUCCUUAGCCCUGCUGUAAGGAUUAUGGUUCUAACCUCUGGGUAGUUAGUGUACUUAUUGUCUAUGGUUGCUGUCUAGUUAAUUAUAGCUGCUGCAUUCUAGUUGUUAUGAUGAACUGGAUCUUUUGGCCAUUUCAGCAGCUACGGUUUGGAACACCUGUGAAUGGUAAGGCGUUAUCGUGCCACUGUUUUGUGUAUUACUAUAUGCUAAUAAGGUCGCAGUUUCUUUU